AUGUCCGCUCGCACAAGGCGACAAAAGGCCGCCCAGCAGGCUCAGGCUCAGGCUCAGGCUCAGGGCGAGGACGAGCACUCCGACUCUCUCGCCAACGGCCACAGCAACGGCUCCAAGAACGGCUCGGCUGAGUCGCCCAAGAUGAACGGCAGUGCCAGGCGCAAGAGGUCGCCGCCGCGGGACGGCCAGCACAGCGAGAAGGAGAACAUCUUCCUCUUCUGGCCCAACAUCAUCGGAUACAUCCGUAUUGUCCUUGCAACCGCCUCGCUCUACUACAUGCCCCUUCACCCCCGAACAUGCUCGGCCCUGUACAGCGUCUCCUGCCUGCUCGACGGGCUCGACGGCUACGCAGCCCGCGUCUACAACCAAUCCACCACCUUCGGCGCCGUGCUCGACAUGGUCACCGACCGCUGCACCACCGCCUGCCUGCUGGUCUUCCUCAGCUCCGCCUGGCCUCGCUGGGCCAUCCUCUUCCAGGGCCUGAUCUCCCUCGACCUGACCAGCCACUACAUGCACAUGUACGCUACCCUGACCAUGGGCGGUUCCAACCAGAGCCAUAAGAAGAUCGAUUCGAGCCGCAGCUGGAUCUUGUACCAGUACUACAACAAUAAAGCCGUCCUGUUCACUUUCUGCGCCAUGAACGAAAUGUUCUUCAUCGGAUUGUACCUGCUUUCGUUCUCCUCGCCGACCCUCUCGCCCUCCCUGCUGCAGCCCAGUGCGGUCCCUGUGGCCCAUCCGACCACCCUCUUUGCCAACCCGUGGAGCGCCGGAGCCCUCGAGAUGGCCCGCGCAAACAAGAUGGACAGCUUCUGGCCGUGGGUGCUGACCGGCAUCUCGGCUCCCAUCAUGGCGGGAAAGCAGUUCAUUAACAUUGUUCAGAUGGUCAAGGCCAGCCGGUGGUUGGCAGAGGGAGACAUUGCCAGACGGCGCAAGCUAGGCAUCGCAAAGUGA